AUGGAAUGGGCUCCAAGAUUUUGUGCCAAAUGCGUUGCCCAACUGAUUCGUUACUUGACUCAUCAUCCAAGAGGACUUCGUGCGGACGAUCUACAUGUGAUAGGAUACAGUGUGGGGGCACACAUAGGAGGAUUGGUAGCUAACUACUUAGAUCCUGUCAAAGAUGGGAAGCUUGGCAGAAUCACAGGUCUUGACCCGACUAUUUUUUUCUACAUGGGACAAAAUUCUUCUAAAGAUUUAGAUUCAUCGGAUGCUCAUUUCGUGGACAUACUUCAUACAGGAGCGGGUAUUCUUGGGCAAUGGGGCCCCAACGGCCAUGCAGAUUUCUACAUAAACGGUGGUUCUAGUCAACCUGGAUGUAGUAGUGACACGAUUUUCCAAACUUUGGCAUGUGACCAUACAAAAGUGACGCCAUACUUCAUUGAGUCUAUUGUAACCACGAACGGUUUUUGGGCCUACCCUUGUCCGACAUUAUUGAGUUUCAUGAUAGGCUGGUGCAGCCCUCAAGACAAUGAAUACGUUCUAAUGGGGGAGCAUGUCAGUCAUAG